GUAGGUACACCUGUACUAAUAUUUAUCAAAUUUCAGAUCUUCGUCAAAUUGAAUUUACAGGUGCACACAAUUAACCAAUUUAUAUCACAAUCCACAAUGAGACCCUUGUCAGACACAGAAACUAAAGUGAUGUUCAAGAAGAUAAUGAAAUACAUUGGUGAGCGAGUCAAGCUGCUCAUCAAGCGACCAGAUGGCAACUACUGUUUCCGCAUACACAACAACAGAGUCUUCUAUGUAUCAGAAAAACACAUGAAACUUGCAGCAACAAUGCCGAAAGACAUGCUGGUAUCUUUUGGUGUCAUAUUUGGCAAGUUCACCAAGACUAAGAAGUUGUUUUUCCUUCAUAUCACAGCUCUAGAUUAUUUAGCCCCCUAUGCACAGAGCAAAGUGUGGAUCAAAGAGUCAUCAGAACAACAUUUCCUCUAUGCCAACCACGUCAUGAAGUCAGACCUGGCGCGCAUUACUGACGGAACACCGCGCAAUGCUGGCGUCAUCAUAUGCAACAGCAAAGACGUCCCACUGGGCUUUGGUGUAGCCGCUAAGUCAGCCCUGGAGUGUCGGCAUGCAGGUCCCGUGGCCAUCGUUGCAUUCCACCAAGCCGAUCUGGGUGAAUACAUCAGAGACGAAGACAAAAUAAUAUAAAUGUUACUCCCGUUUA